AUGGAUCGUUUCAUUAAGGAGGAUAAUACUGAUGAGGAUCAUUUGAACCUUUUAUUCGUGGACAGCGUUGAUGUUUAUUAUGAUGAGGUAUCAGAGGCACCAGUCGAGGAUGAAAGCAGUCCAGAUUCCCCUUUCAUCGGAAAGACGCCUCAAGAAUGCCACCAACUGCUCUCGAAGCUUGUCGAGGAUACAGAGUCGGAAAUCAUGACUGAAUACUUUGCCAUCAUGGACCUGAGGUCAAUAAAAGACGACACUGUCCUGCUCGUAUGCGCAGAGAGGGAUGAUCAGGAAAAAAUCGUGGCCUGGCCGACUGUCCGUGCUACCUUCGAGGUUACGGCUGUCUCACUAAAGUGUUAUCAUUCAGGGCACAGCAGUGUAGGGGAGGAUUUGGAGCGUGCUGAAUGUGAACACGAUAAUGUCUAUCGUGCACGGUAA